GGGCUGUAUCUUCUGCCACUGUUACAUGCUACAGACAAUUUCUAGAAAUGCUCUGUAUGCACAAGGACAGUACAUAGGGAAGAUCAGAGAAUAUUUUUACUAUAUCAAUCAUGAGGGAAUGUUGUUCCUGGAUGAUGCUCCGUAUAAGAAUUUCACCUCGGCUUACAAAGUGACCAUUCCGAUGAGCGCUAGUAAAAGCGGCAUUAUUAAGAUGUUGCUUUCCUGAACUUCUUCUACAAACAGUUACGGAUGAACACUACCGAUCGCUUCGCUGAUAAAUUCCCAUAUAUAAGUCGUUGUGGGUUAGAACGAAACUAUCUGAGAUGCGAUGAUCGUCCGAUAGUAUUCACUGAUUUUGAAGAGGAUGGAAAAUUGCUACGAAUUGGCCAAUCUACAAGGACUUUUCCGUUUGAGCCAGCUUCGCUGUCAAUGCUGAGUAAUGGACGCCUAUAUCACAAAGCACCUUUCUGUGACUAUGGUCUCGUAAUGUCGAGAACAGCGGAUAAACUGUUCCCGCUCUUUACUUUUGAUGGUGAUGGCUAUCCAUUAGCGUUUCGAUGGAAGGGUAAUGUGUACACGCUGACAAAUGAAAUACGGAAAGUGGUCGAACAUCAAGAAUGAACUAUGUGUUACCCUCUACCUUAAAGGCAGUAGACAGGCAAAAUGGACCCCUGUCAGAUUUUGGUAGUUUCGGGUAGUGGACCC